CCUGCAUCUGCGAAAAUACACAGGGAGUUCUCAGUAAAGGCAGAGUUCAUCGAUGUAACUCCGGUCAGUCCAAAACUGCGCCGUUUACCUGGAUAAGGAGAAGAGAGAGAGAGGGAGAAAAGACUGAGACAAACGCGAGUGGAGUGUCGACAUAAAACAGUGAAGGAAAAAGAGAAGAAUAUGAUUGUCAAGCAGCGUCUAAUCUUCAUCCUUUACAGCCUCUGUGCAAGCGUCUUUAAAGUGGCUGGGACAAAAAGCAAAGCAAAAGGCAGCCAAGGUCAGUUCCCCAUAACUCAGAAUGUGACGGUGGUGGAGGGGGCCACAGCCAACAUGACCUGUCGCGUGGAUUACAAUGAUAACACUUCCCUCCAGUGGUCAAACCCUGCACAACAGACUCUGUUCUUUGGGGACAAGAAAGCUCUGAGAGACCACAGAAUUGAGCUGGUACGAGCCUCAUGGCAGGAGCUCACCAUCAGAAUCGGUGACGUCAGCCUGUCAGAUGAGGGCCAGUACACCUGCUCGCUCUUCACCAUGCCUGUCAAGACCAGCAAGGCCUUUCUCACUGUUCUGGGCAAGCCAGGACGACCGGAGAUCACAGGAUUCACCAAGCCUGCCAUGGAGGGCGACAUAAUCACCCUGGCAUGCACCACAUCUGGCAGCAAACCAGCUGCCAACAUCCGGUGGUUCCGAAAUGACAAGGAGGUCCAAGGCACUAAGGAGGUGAACGCUACAGGAAAAUCAUUCACAGUGAGGAGUAGUCUCCAGUUUGAAGUGGACAGACGGGACGACAGUGUCGCCUACACCUGCAGCGUGGAGCAUGUAUCUCUGACCACCCCCUACAUGACAACCGAGGUCCUGGAGGUCCACUAUGCUCCCCAUCUGGAGAUCACACAUUCACUGAUUAUUCCACAGGAAGGGCAGUACUUCAAACUGGAGUGCGUUUCCAUAGGCAACCCAAUACCUGAACCUGUGCUGUGGUCUAAAGAUGGAGGAGAGCUGCCAGACAUUGAGCGUAUGAUUGUGGAAGGCAGAGAACUAACCAUCACGACGCUAAACAAAACAGACAAUGGCACAUAUCGCUGUGAGGCCAGCAAUCACCUGGGGACCAGCAGUGCUGAAUAUAUACUUUUUGUAUACGCCAAAGACUUCCCAGGGCCUACAACAGAUCCUAAUGCUUUAGGACAACAUGGACCUGACCACGCUUUAAUCGGUGGUGUUGUUGCUGUAGUGGUCUUCAUCACCUUGUGCUUGAUAAUAGUUCUUGGACGAUAUCUGGCCAGACAUAAAGGGACAUAUCUAACACAUGAGGCUAAAGGAGCAGAGGACGCCCCUGACGCGGACACAGCCAUCAUAAACGCUGAAGGAAACCAUGUGCAUGCAGAGGAAAAGAAAGAGUAUUUCAUUUAGACUUCUGUCACUCUUUUCCUACUUUUCAUGACAACUUAGCAGACAUGCAAUUUUAAACUGCCUCAGUGUCACUACAAGACCUGUUUUGCUUUAUUUAUUAUUCUUUUGUCUUCUUCAGAAUACCCAUUUUUGGAUAUGCUUGUUUUUAAAGCAUUUGCUAACAAUAUGACCAUCUUCUUUUACAAUCAAUGUACCCCAUGUACAGUUCAGUUACUUCCAUUUAAGUUUUAUGGUGCCUAAAUGCUGUAUAUUUUUCUGCAUUUCUUUCAUUGCUUCCAUUAACCUGUUUUCUCUCUCCUAUUUCACCUGUUAUACAACUGUUUGCAGAUUUUUUUAAAAUUCAGAAGCAACCAGAAAUGUGUUUUGAUUCAGCCUAGAGUCGAGUCUUAGCUUUUCAAACUGUUUUGCUUUAAAAGCAGAAUAGACUAUGUUAAAUCCAUCAAGGUGUCAAGCAUUAACAUCAGAAGAAUCUUUUUAGGGACUGUGGUCUUGGAUGUUGCCUGGAGUUUACCCACCACAUACUGCACAUGUUUUUAAAAUAUCAAGAAACAGACCAGACACUUUGACAAAACAAAAUGAAGAAGCACAAUCGAUGUGAUUGUCUCUAGAUGAAAUCAACUCCCCUUUAGCACUGUCUGUAUAUUCCUGCAUUAAUUUAAUUUCAGUUUUUGCUCACACUGUUGAUUUGUACCAACAGAGGAGAAGUCAGAAAAUUAAAGCACAAAGUCUGAGGACUAUAACACAGAGGGAAAACACAUCAACUGUUUCUUGUCUCAGGAUUCAAAUUGAGUCUAGAUGGAGAGAUGGUGUCAGACAUGUGAUGAAGAUUUUAGUACACCUACAGUAAUAGUCAUGGAUGAUGAACUUAAAUUUUGGUUAGUGAUGUAAAAUCCAAACUGAAUGAGUGGAACCUUGUGGGGGUUCAUUAUUUAUGUUGAAUUUUAUGGAACAACUAUGCUCAAUGGGUGGAUAUUGCUGUAAAAUACUUUGCUAACGUGCAUAUUGGUGAACAAUAUUGUCAAAUCUUGGAAUCCCUGACACAUUACAGUUUGUAUAUUAGCAUAUACAGUAUUUAAAGUAUUCUACAAGUCCUAAUUUUUUCCAUCUAUCUAAGAAGAGGUUGUUUUGCCAGAAGGCAUGUAAAUAAUGUGUAAGUAUUCAAUUUUAGUAAAAGGAAAAAACACUAGAUUUAGCUCUUAAUUUCAGGUCACAUCAGUUGCCGUCACUUUGAUGAGAUUGUUUUAAAAUUUUUGAAAGAAAUUUCUUCACACAGGGAUUCUCAUGAAUUGCUUUUAAAAAAUCUGGUUAAAAUAUAUGUAUUUAUGAUUAUGAUUGAUUGACAUUUAUUAUAUAAUACUAUAUUGAUUGAUAUUAUUGCUGUUAUUACAAAAGUAGUUGUCUGACAUGAACUUUUCCAUUUUUAAAUUCUGUAACUUAUCAUAAAAACAAUACAAGGAUCACCGUUAUGGCCUUUGAGUUUGCUGCAAACAGUACUAAUGACAUGUUGAGGCAUUGGUGAAUCAAACAUCCCUUCACUGUAAAUAUUCACUGUAUCAAAGACAUUGAACCACAUUGCCAAUGCUCAUACAUGUUAUUUUGUUAGUUCAGUAUGAUGCUAUAAAUAACUCAUUUUGUACAAAGUUUUAAUCGCUGUAAUUAAUUUGCUUUUUCUGGGGGAUGUGUGAAGUUUGUUUUUUCUCAGUAUUUAAUAUUCAUUUUUCAACUAUGCCACUGUAAAGAAAAAAGAGAGACAA